AAACUGUCAAAAUUGUGAAAAAAUAUAUAUUUCGUGCUUAUACCCAUUUAGUGAUAAUAAAAUGUUACACAUAUACUUUCGGCGAAAUUCAAUUUAGUAAAUUUGUUUAAUAUGUCUAUUUUAAUUUAUGUGCAGUCCAAAAUUUUGGUUUUAAAAGUACAGUUUUAUACACCUUAACUUAAGCAUUCGGCAAUGUUAACUUAUGUAGCCGUAGCAUUGUGUGCAGUAACGGGAGCAUCCUGUUUUAUCAUCGGAGCUCUGGUACAACAACAUCUUUCAUUUAGACAAAUCAAAUCUGUCAUGCUUACUGAUCCGUAUGUCUAUCAAUGCCGACAACCAAUUUAUAGGGCAUUGGCAAUGUUUGGGCGUUCGUCUAAAAAGUCAAGUACAAGUUCAGAAUCUAGUAAGCCAACAAGUAUUGGAGACGAGUCUGGGACUAGCAAUCGUUAUUCCGAAAGACAAGAUUCUGGUAGUGUAUCCAUAUUCGAUCACUUUGUAAUGUGGGGUCGGAGGAAGGCGCAUAACGCAAUUUCGAAGAUGACAUUAUCUGUCGGCCCAGAUGGAUGCCCACAUGAGAGUAUUGAACAUGUAGCUGAUAUUAUGAAGUAUGGAUUUCCGGGCAUGGAUGAAAUACACGUCUAUAAAAACUUCGUACUCUCAUACGAUCGUCGCAAUCGUAUUGCCCAUUGGGUAUGUGAACACGUCAAAAGUGACUGCGUACAGGAGAGGGAUGAAAAGACAUUGAAUAAGCCAAAUGCCUACAUAACAGACAAUACAAUACCAACGAUAUUUAGUGCAAAUAUGCGGGACUUCAAAAAUUCCGAUUGGGUUGGUGGUCACUUGGCCUCCCCUCAAAACUACAAAUGCGAUGCGCUCAAGUUUUUGGAGGCCUACAAGUUUACCAACAUAGUGCCCAUUAAUCGUGGGCUAAAAAAUCAUAUUUGGUACCGUCUGGAAAGCUAUGUUAGAGACAAGGCGAUCGAAUUCGAUUCAGUUUAUGUUUAUACCGGUCCUCUGUUUAUGCCCCAAAGGAUAACGUUCAGGAACUGGUCUGUUCGUUACCAUGUUAUGGGCAUGAACACGGUUGCUGUUCCAACGCACUUCUUCAAAAUCAUCAUAAGGGAGGAUGAGUUUAAUAGGGAUUUGCCCAUUAUGGAAGGUUAUGUUGUGCCCAAUGCAUAUGUCGAUAAGGAUAUGGAUCUGCGCUCGUUUUUAGCCGAUGUUCGUGAUAUUGAACACUUCGCAGGACUCAAAUUCUGUGAUGGCCAGCAACGGGAUCAACUUGAACUGCCUGUAAAACCGCCCUCGAUGACGGAUUUUCAGAACUGACUAAAGUGGUCACGUAUUACAACGCUUUUUAUAAAUAAAAAAACACCUUUAGCCAAAUUUUUUACCAUCUA